UUGUCUUGUCAAAAAUAAAUUGCUUUCGAUUUUGCCGACUGUUUAGCUUUGUAGAAAAUGAAGUUAAUUAACUUUUCCUCGCUCGUAACCUUAAUAUUAGUUUUAGAUUAUGCAUCAGCUUUAUAUUUUCACAUAGCGGAAGGUGAAAGGAAAUGUUUUAUAGAAGAAAUCCCGGAUGACACGACUGUGAUCGUAAACUACAAAGUAGAGCUGUUCGACCCUCGCUCAGGCGGUUUCAUGCCUUCGUCACCUGGUAUUGGAAUGCAUGUGGAAGUUCGCGACCCCAAUGAUCGAGUGGUGCUUUCGCGAGUAUAUUCCUCUGAGGGAAUGAUCUCUUUUACUUCAACGACGCCUGGUGAACAUGUACUGUGCAUGUACUCAAAUAGCACCGCUUGGUUUAGUGGAUCACAGUUAAGAGUGCACUUAGAUAUCCAAGUUGGUGAGCAUGCGGUAGACUAUGCCAAUGUGGCACAGAAGGAUAAACUCAGUGAGCUACAGCUCAGGAUCAGACAGCUGUUGGAUCAAGUGCACCAGAUCACCAAGGAACAGAGCUAUCAGAGGCACCGUGAAGAAAGAUUCAGACAGACGUCAGAAAGCACAAACUCACGAGUUUUAUGGUGGAGUUUACUUCAAACUGGUGUUCUCGUAGCUAUUGGAUACUGGCAGAUGAGGCAUCUGAAGAGUUUCUUUGAGGCUAAGAAAUUAGUUUAGAUUGUAAAAUACAGUUUGUAAUGUAGACCUGCUAUAAUUCUUAAAAUAGCUGAUCUUUACAUGAGAGCAUGAAAUAUAUUUCUGUCAAAGAUAUCUAUAAUCAGUUCUAAAAUCCAAAGCCAAAUUGAAACCAAAAAGUACAGUCUGCAUGAGUCAUUUAUCCCCCUCAAUACUAUUAAUUUUUUUAACAUCAUAAAUUAUUCAUAUACAAUCUGUGAAAAAAGGAGACAGUACUUUUUAAUUGGACUUCAAAAAGGAUAUUUUUCUAACUUUACUAUUUUAAAUUUAUUUUAUAAAUUAUCUGUUUCGUUAUGAGUUAUAUGAUAUCUAAUUUUUAUGAAAAUGGAGAUAGCAGGUUUAUAUUUCAAUGCAGCAAUAAAAUAUAAUAGUCAUAACAAUUUUCUAUUUAUACAUAUUGAAAACAUUAAAUCCUUUGCCCAAAAAUGUAAGUUUAAAACACUUUUUUUAAUUACAUGGAUACUUUUGUUGUGAUUUACAUUUUUCAAUAAAAUUGUGAAAUA